CCACAGCCCUGCUCGUAGUGGAAGCACCGCCCACCGGUGGGUGUGUAAUAUCCGCCGUCGUUUCUCAUCUUCUCUAUUUUUUGCCUUUUUUUUCCAUUUAAACGCUUCGAAAGAGCCGCCACGAAGAGGGGAGAGGCAUUUGGAAAAAAAAACAGCCGGGUGUGAGGAAUGAAAACAGAUGUUUGCUUAAGGUCGUUUAAUUUAUUCAUCCAUAAAGAGGAAACUUCAAGUAACAGAUUCUUUUCACUCGUUCUCACUUGAAUUCAUUAUAGAGUACACUGGGAUUCUGUUAACCUGUAAUUGAGAAUGGCUUCAAUAGACCCAUACCAGCACAUAAUAGUAGAACAUCAGGUAUCACAUAGAUUAACUGUGUGCAUUCUACGAGCAACAAAUGUGACCAAAGGAACUUUCGGUGAUCUACUCGACACUCCUGACCCUUAUGUGGAACUGUUCAUCCCCACGGCACCAGAGGGCCGAAAGCGGAGCAGAUAUCUCAACAAUGUUGUCAACCCUGAGUGGAAUGAGACAUUUGAAUUUCUUCUUGACCCAAAUGAGAAGAAUAUUAUGGAGAUUACUUUAAUGGAUGCAAAUUACGUGAUGGAUGAAACCUUGGGCACUACCACUUUUAAUAUCGGAGAGAAUAUUAAAGUGGGAGGGAAGAAGGAAUUUUCAUUUGUCUUCAAUACUGUGACUACAGUAUUUUUGGACAUGUCCUUGGAAGUUUGUUCUUCAGUUGAUCUUCGAUUCAGCAUGGCACUGUGUGAUGAGGAGAAAUCAUUCAGGCAGAAGAGGAGGGAAAAUGUUAUGGAGGGAAUCAAGAAGCUCUUGGGCCCCAAGAAUUCCAUGAAUGCACCACAAUCAAUCCGGGAGGUGCCGACAAUAGCUAUUCUGGGUUCUGGAGGAGGAUUUAGAGCGAUGGUUGGGUUUUCUGGUGUAAUGAAGGCAUUGGUGGAAUCUGGAGUCUUUGAGUGUGCAACCUACAUCGCAGGCCUCUCUGGUUCUACUUGGUACAUGUCAACAUUAUAUUCUCACCCGGACUUUCCAAAAAAAGGACCUGGUGAAAUCAACAAGGAGCUAAUGGAAAAUGUCAGCCACAAUCCAAUGUUCUUGCUGACCCCUCAGAAGAUCAGACGAUAUGUUGAGGCCCUGUGGAAGAAGAAGAGUUCAGGACAGCCUGUCACUUUUACUGAUGUGUUUGGAAUGCUCAUCGGUGAAACACUGAUUCCAAAUAGAAUGAAUUAUAAAAUGAGUGAGCUGAAAGAGAAGAUCCACAAAGGGCAGUGCCCAUUGCCCUUAUUCACUUGUUUACAUGUAAAGCCAGAUGUCUCUGAACUCAUGUUUGCAGAUUGGGUGGAAUUCAGUCCGUAUGAGAUUGGAAUGGCAAAAUAUGGAACAUUCAUGCACCCCAGCAUAUUUGGCAGCAAGUUCUUCAUGGGAACAGUGGUAAAGAAAUAUGAAGAAAACCCACUUCAUUUCUUAAUGGGUGUUUGGGGCAGUGCGUUUUCCAUAUUAUUCAACAGAGUGCUUGGAGUAAGCAGUUCCAACAACCAAGGCACCACCACCAUGGAAGAAGAGCUAGCUCAACUUCAGCCCAAGCAUUUAAUUGGAAAUGACAGCUCAGACAGUGACGAUGAAUCACAAUCCAAAGAGGACCGGCAUGGGAGUGAAGCGGCCGAGGCAGAAGAGGAGAGUCAACGGAUUAACCAAGACAGCUGGGUACAGAGGAUGUUAAAGACCCUGUUUAGUGACACUGCACUUUUUAACACGCGGGAAGGCCGAGCUGGCAAGGUGCACAACUUCAUGCUGGGCCUUAACCUGAACACAUCAUUCCCACUCUCCCCUCUGUGUGACCUGGUGCCACAAGACCUGCUGGAGGAUGAUGAAGUGGAUGCUGCAGUCACAGAUCCAGAUGAGUUUGAAAGGAUUUAUGAGCCACUUGACGUGAAAAGUAAGAAAAUCCAUGUGGUGGACAGUGGGCUCACCUUCAACCUGCCCUACCCACUCAUACUGAGACCUCAACGUGCCAUUGACCUCAUCAUCUCCUUUGAUUUUUCUGCCAGACCAAGUGACUCUAGCCCACCUUUUAAGGAGCUACUGCUUGCAGAGAAAUGGGCAAAAAUGAACAAGUUGCCUUUUCCGAAGAUUGACACCAAAGUAUUUGACAGAGAAGGAUUGAAGGAAUGUUACGUUUUCAAGCCCAAAAGUCCAAUGACAGAGAGAGACUGUCCAACCAUCAUACACUUUGUUCUAGCAAACAUCAAUUUUAGACAUUAUAAAGCUCCAGGUGUUAAACGAGAAAGUGAGAAGGAAAUGGAGAAUGUGGACUUCGACAUCUUUGAUGAUGCUGACACACCAAUAUUCUACUUUCAACUUCCAAUAUUCAAUAAGGCGUUUACACAGCUCCAUGACCUAAUGGAAUUCAACACACUCAACAAUAUUGAGCUGAUUAAAGAUGCCAUAAUUGAGAGUAUCAAGUACAGGCAACAGAACCCAUCUCGCUGCUCUGUGUCCCUCAGCGAUGUGGAGUACAGAAGACUGAAAAAGUCACUUAGUUUUGAUGGGCUCCAGUCCAGGCGGAAGCGGCAUGCUACAGAAGAACAACAGAAGUAGAAGCUUUGGUUAUCUACAGCAUUAAGGCAGGAGAGGACAGACACCUGUUGUCAAAUCUCAUCUUCUGGACGCUGACCAUGUUGUGGCUUGAACUGCACUUAGGACCUUUUGUAACCCUCAGGCUGCAUUAGGCAAAGCAAAAUAAAAACAAAACAAAGAGGCAUUGUUUUAAAAGAAAGCUAUGUUAUUGAUGUGUGGCCACAGAAUGAUGAGCCACCUCAAAGACUGAAGAUUCUUACUGUAAUAAUUAGAAGUUACUUCUUUUCAUCUAUUUCUUUGAAUCCCAGGAUUUCCAGCAAUACUGAUCUGAAUUGAUCAAAGAAGAAAAUGUGAUGAAUACAACAAGGUGUUGACUGUUUUGUUGGUUUUGCCCACUUCCUGGCCUACUUGAUAGCUUCUAACAAUAAGGUAUCUGAGAUCAGGGAUUCAAUGAAGUAAAAGCUUGUAGGUUAAUUCCUGUCCCUUACUCUACGCUAUGCAGCAAUUGAAUUUAAAGUUUAACCUUCUAAAUGGGAUCCCUAUCCCAAAGGUCUGAGUAGUGAAAAUUCUUCUCCAUCCUGUUUUUAACUCAUCCAGUGCAAUAACCUACUUCACACCUGGUCUUUCAUGACCCAUAUGCAGCAUUCUCCAUAUGUUGCACCUUGUAAGCACAUUAGCUGAGUUCAAGCUGAGAAUAGCUCAAUAUUUGCUGAGAAAUACGGGUGAUGAUCUAUGAAUCCUGUUAUCACGAAGACAUGCAGCCUGGAGAGGUCCAAUAUUUGAACUCUGCCCAUUGUUCAUAUGAGGUGAUAUUGAAACACUGAAAUUGACCUCUAUGUUCUUGAUUCUCUCUUUUAAGUGGCAAUGGUCCCCUUUAACAUCCAAGCAGUAUCUACCUGGAUCAACAUGGAGCCAGUAUAUUUCAUAUUCUUUCUUCCUUUACAAUGUUGGGAGUGUUCCAUGGUUUGGUCUCGAUGUUCCAUUUUACACGGUUGAACCAAGUUGUCCAGUCUUGGCAAAGAGCUAUAUCUUAGAUUUCCUUUUAGAAUUUGCAUGUAAUCCCCUUUGUCAUGGAGAUCUUCUAUUGUAAACUGACGAUUAAUUUUUCAGUCAAAGGAUUGGAAAUUGUACUUAAUAUUUCAUAUUCAGCAACAUGUUGCAAACAUCCAACUUUCUAACCGUUUGCAGAUGCAGCAAAAUGUGAGUCUAUUUAUUUAAUACCAUUUCCCUGCAUUUAUUUUUCUUCCUCAGACUGUCAGCAGUCAGGAAACAUUAUUCCUAAUGGGUCAAGUCUGAAGUAGUGUUCCUUUCUUUCCACAACUUGCUUUGGCCUGGGAUUUCAUCCAUUGUAGCCCACUGAGACUGAGAUUCAGCAUGCCUCAACAGCAGUACGUGGUCUUGGGGCUCAAAGCUGUGACCACCAAACCUUAGAAGGAAACAGUUUUUUUAACCAAAUUUCUAUCCAUAUAACUAAAUAGCUAGUUAUUGCAGUGGUUGCUCUAAGGUCAGAACUGCAAUAUUUUUUGCUGUGUUCCUUGAUGAAAUCUCAUCUCCCCAUAUAUUCAACAAUGAUUUGGUGAUUUUUGGAUAACCCAACUUGCCACUUUGCUACAUUUCAUCAGAAGGUGUGUCAGUAAUUAGCUGGCACGAGUCUGUUUAAAAGUGGAUAUAUUGUAGAAGAUCCAUGGUGGGGUGGCGGAAAAAUCAGCAAGAACAAGCCAGCAGUUUGUCCUGUCCCCACAAAAUAUUUUUUUGAGGCAAUACUUUAUGACUACCCCUUAGUGGAUACUUAAACAAUUGGUGAAGGUUUUUUUUAAAGCUAUUUGGCAUCCUUGACCUAAAUGAAAGCAUCGAGUGCAGACAUGCAUAACCUUAAUAAAGCACUGAUUAGGUAGCAGUUGAAACAUAGUGUUCAGUUCUGGGCAGCUCCCUUGGAAAGUUGUCAAGGUAUCAAGGACUUAGGGAGGAGAUAGAAAGAUCUACUUGAAUGAUACUAGGGAUCAGAGACUUCCCUUUCUGUUAGGAGAGUGGAGAUGUGGCUGAUCAUCUUGGGGCAAAAGAAGAAAAGAUUUGAUGGAGAUGCAAGAGGCUGCAAGAAGAAUCUAGAACAACAAACAAUGUGCUGGAGGAACUCCAGCAGUCUGUUUCUCCAGCAGAUCGUUUGUUGCUAAAGAUUUGAUGGAGGUGUUCAAAGUUGUAAUCUGUGUUGAUAGAGGGAAGAAGCAGAAAUAGUUUUUGAUGGCAGAAGGGUCAACAACCAGAGGCACAGAUCUAACAUGAUUGGGAAAUGAAGCAGAUGUGACACAAAGAAGUGUAUUUUACAUGGAGAGUACAGUUUAGAAUGCACAGACUGAAAGCAUGGUGGAAUCAGAUUUGACAGGGAGCUUCAAACACAAAAUGGAUAAACAUUUGGGGAUACACAACACCAGAGAAGAAAGAGCAAGGAAGUGGAAAUAAUUGGAUAUCUCUAGAAAAUAUCUGAUGUUAUUAAAAUAUUUAUAUUCCACCAUCUCCCUGUCACCAACAAAAGCCUGAUGCCAUCAUUGACUCAUAUUACUGUGGUGCAAAUGCCAGGAAAUCUUUUGGAGAGUUACUCUUGCAUUUGCAUUAAAACAUAUCCUACGCGUGCCUACCUAAGGAAAUGAAGGGCAUGUCAAAAUGGACACAGCACAUUUUCUACCCUCUUGGGGCAUUAUUAUGCAAAAUAUAUUAGGACGUUCGUUGGAAAUUUAGCCAUUUCUUAAUUCUGCAUAUCCUUGGAUGUGGCUGCGCUAUGCUUAUCUCAAUGUAGGAAGAGUCACUUUGUCCUAUGCUAGUGAAUUGAAAAUGCACCCUGGAGAAUACAUUUCAUCCAAAUCAUUUAAAAGUCUUGAGGGUUGCUUACCAGGAAAAGUCAUUCUAUAACAUAUGUACAUUCAAUCAUUUCAUUAUUUUACAAGUAAACUUAAUAAGCUAAAUAACUUUCAUGAAGUAGAAUGAUAUUUUAUAAGUUUUGGAUUCCGUGAUACAAUUCCUUGAGUUUCAAUUAUAGAAGUUUAUGUGGAUUGGAUGAUGCACUGUUUUGAAGGGCUUUGAAUUUCCAACUUAUUCUUCAAUGGGUAAUCGACUACAAUAUAUUCUCCAGAAUGGAAUUAUCAUAACACAGAAAUCUUUUAGAAGUUAUGGUAAAAUUAGUCUGUUUUGUAUACAAGUAUCCCAAUAAUGUGUUAUUAAUUGUUGAUUUAAUUUGGUUUAUUGAUGAAAGGGAAAUGUUUAGUUUUACCCCUUUGUGUUAAUGGAGAUUUUCAUCCUUACUACCAGUCAGAACAUACCACCAAUCAUCAGGAAUGUAGACAUGCCUGUUGGAGGUUGCAACCCAGCAUUCUGUACAGUAAAGUAAUGCCGGAUAUUUAUGUGAGGUAUAGAUAAUCCCCAGGAAUUGCAGAACCAUAUGGCAGUGCCAUAUUCAGUAUCCAGAGCUGGAUAUCUUCAGGCAUGAUAGUAAUUGCCCUAGCUACCAUUGUCAACUGUUUCCCUGAUUUGGGGAAGGGACAAUUUGGCUAGAUGACUUAAUCUUGAUUACUAACUUGCAAAUUGUUUUAGAAAAUGCAUGAAAUUGUGAUUCUCAGUUCUAUAUUAUACCCAGUUAAAGCAGUAUGCCAACUUUCACUGAUGUUGAUGAAUUGAUUGAGGUAACAAAAAAGGCAGUAUUUAAGCAGAAAAUCUGUCAGAGCAUUAUUAAUCAGCACAGCAUCUAUCAGCAACUUCAGAAGAAAUGGUGAGAUGAUGAAACAGAGAAUAUAAAUAUAUUGAUAUGAAAUAUAUUGCUAAACCUAUUUAAUUUUAUUCCACAAUUAGAUUCUAAAAUAUUUGAGAAUUCCAAACACAGUGCUUAAUGUGGCUGGAAAGUUAUUUUAGUUAAAUGAUGUAUUAGGUUUUAACAAGAGUCGAUACCUAGAUAGUAGUUUCUUGUACUUAUUCUAAGUGGUAUUGCUAUGGAAAUUCUUUAUAUUUAACAAUUUUUUUAAAGAACAUUCCUGCACAAUUAUUUAAUUAAAUAAUUAAUGCCAUGUGCUAAUUUUAAUUUCUAUUUUGAAACAAGUUCUAUGGUAGUUUCAAAUGAUCGUAAGAUAUAAUUUGCAUGUUGUAGUUUAUUGAAACACUAUAUUAGUUGGUAUGCACUCAUAAUUGGUCACAUCUCUACCCUCGCCUUUAUUUAAAACUUGCCUUGCUAUUAAGUAUUGUUCUAAAUUUUCUCUUUUCUCCCAAUGACAAUUCUUCAUCUGAAUUUUCCUCUCCUGUAUUCUGCAUAUACAAUCUUCUACCCCUUUGCACUUUCAUCACAUCCUCUCCCCUCUCCCCGUUCUUCCCCAGGAUUCAUUGUUCAGCCUUCCUUUCCUUCUGCAGUCUACACACACACAAAAUUCAUAUGUCUAUUCUCAACUAGGGUGUGUUCUUGACACACUGGCCUUUGAUUUUUCAAUAAAAAAGCUGGAGUUAUAUUUCACAUUGUCCAGCUGGAAGGUGAGGGAGGGAAGAGCUAUUUCAGAACAUGGUCCAUUAUAGACAGUGUGGAAGGGUUGACCUAGUCACUACUGUUGGCAACAGAAAUAAAAUAAUGGACUUCCUCAUUACUUACUGUGAGUUAUUAAACGUGUUUAAGGCAGUUUUUCUAGUUGGACAAAUUGUGCUCCGUUUAGCUUAAAAGAAAAUAUUCCAGCAAAAUUAUGUGAAAAUGUACAACUUAUAUAAAUAAAAAUUAAUCAUGUGGUGGUUGUCACUAAAUUAUGA